AUGGCGGAUGAGAAUCAAACAAUCUCGGUGGAUCCGACCUCCCACACCACCGAGACCAGCUAUCCUGAUGACUGGCAGUCGAUCCCUUCCGAUGAGCAAAUGUUCGAUUCUUAUGAAGCCGGACAUCUUGUCGCACUCGUCCUGGACUCGGAUAGAGAGAACCCUCUGUUUCGAGCCCCAGUCGGAAAUGCACCCGAACAUAUCCUUGAUCUGGGCACUGGCAAGGGUACCUGGGCAAUUGAUGUCGCCGAUAUGUUCCCCGAAGCCACUGUUCGCGGCGUGGACCUCUUCCCACCCCCUGUGACUUGGAUGCCUCCGAACUGUGUUCUCGAGGUCGACAACGCACUCGAAGAAUGGACAUGGCAGAAUCCGUUCGAUCUUGUGCAUCUGCGUAUUAUGAUCGGAUCAUUCGAUCCAACUGAGUGGGAUCGUGUUUAUAAACGUAUCUACGACAACCUGCGCCCUGGUGGCUGGAUCGAGCAACUCGAAGCCUUCCCCAGCAUCGACUGUGACGAUGACAGUAUCCCCGCCGACAACAUUCUUCGAACCUGGGCCCCAAACAUGCUUGCAUGCGGCAAAGCAGCAGGUCGAGAAUGCGACAUCCUCGACACGAUGGCAGGCUCGAUCCGCAAAGCCGGCUUCGUGGAAUUGCACGAGAAGACAUACAAAUGGCCGAUCGGAGCAUGGCCACGGGAUCGAAAGUAUAAGGAGGCUGGCACAGUCAACUAUCAGCACUGGAUGGAUGGAAUGGAAGGAUGGUGCAUGUGGCUCCUUACCAAAUUUGGACAUCCCAAGCCGUGGAGUAAGGAGGAGGUGGUAGUGUAUGUUGCGAAGAUGCGGGCAGAGCUUAAAAAUCCGCGUUAUCACGGGUAUCAACGAGCGCGACGUGUAUGGGCACGGAAACCGUUUGAGGGUGAGUGUUUGCCGACGCCUGACUCGAUGGUACAUGCGUCAAAGCCACCCGUACCGGAUAGUCAUGCGCAGCCUGGACGACCGCAGGGACGAUAA